AUGCGAGCGUGGUUGUGGGGGUCUGCGUCGUCGUCUUUGUCGUCAUCGACGAUGCCCGAGGCAAACGGAUCGUCACUUUCUCUGGAAGAUCGGCUUCACCGCGUCACGGCAAAUGACAUUGCGCGUGUGACACCAAGCGAUGUGGAGCAGCUGAAGCAAAAAAUGUCAUUGGAGGACCUGCACCGCGCGAUGCGUGUGCUGCUUGAGGACAACCGAUAUGCCGAGGUGUUGGACCGGGCAACACCGUCUUCUUUGCGCAGGGCGGCGUACGGUUUGAGCGCCACGCAACGCAGCUUUUUACUCACAAUCUCAAAGUCAAACUUUCUCGCCCUUUACAAUGUGUUGCCGUACGUGACCGAAUCUCACCUUGCUGAGAUGAAUGCAAUCUUCCGUGGUGCUAGCUGA